UACAGUUUUAGUCACAACAAUAAAAUGAAAUCUUUAAUUUUAAGCCUUGUUCUUUUAUCUGUGGCGUUGGCUUUGCCUCCGGAGAAAAUUUUGAGACAAGAAUUCGAUAUAAAUCCCGAUGGAACACACAGUUAUUUAUACGAAACUGAAAACGGGAUUUAUGCAGAUCAACAAGGAUAUCCAAAGGCUGAAAACAUUCAUGCUGCACAAGGACAAUUUCAGUAUCUUGCCCCUGAUGGUCAAAUCAUCAGAUUGACUUAUGUUGCUGAUGAAAAUGGUUUUCAACCUCAAGGGGCCCAUUUACCAACACCACCACCAAUUCCUCCAGCCAUUCAGAAGUCUUUGGAUUUCUUGGCUUCUUUGCCACCACAGAAGCAACAAUUUUAAACUAAUUAACAUGUGAUACACAAUCUAGUUCAAUUAGUAAUAGUUAAGUUAUUAUAAGAAACCACAAAUACCUCCAUACAGAACAUAUUGUUUAAUAUUUUAAUAGAUUAUAUCUAUAUAUCUUUGGAUUUCUUAACAUCUUUACCACCACGAAAGCAACAAUUUUAAACUAAUUAACAUGUGAUACAAUAUCUAAUUCAAUUAGUAAUAGUUAAAUUAUUAUAAUAUACCACACAUACCUCCAUACAGAACAUAAUGUUUAAUAUUUAUAUAAUGUAAUGAAAAUAUUAUAUUAAAUAUAAACUGUUUCAUAUUUGAUUUAUAUUAUUUAAACAAAAUACUAUGCACUAACACAAAAAAAUAAAUUAAUCAUGUACAAGACAUAUUGAUCAUGAAUUCUUAGAUUUGUUGCA